CGCGGCCACCGCGAGCCCUGCCGCUGCAGCCGGGGCGCCGACCUGAGCGCCCGCUCCGCGCCCCCGAGGACAGCGCCGGCCACCCCGACGCCCGCACCAUGCAGGCCACGGCCGAUUCCACCAAGAUGGACUGUGUGUGGAGCAACUGGAAAAGUCAGGCUAUUGACCUGCUCUACUGGCGGGACAUCAAGCAGACCGGGAUCGUGUUCGGGAGCUUCCUGCUGCUGCUCUUCUCCCUGACCCAGUUCAGCGUCGUGAGCGUCGUGGCCUACCUGGCCCUGGCCGCACUCUCGGCCACCAUCAGUUUCCGCAUCUACAAGUCUGUUUUACAAGCAGUGCAGAAAACCGACGAGGGCCACCCUUUCAAGACCUACUUGGAGCUCGAGAUCACGCUUUCUCAGGAGCAGAUCCAGAAGUACACGGACUGCCUGCAGUUCUAUGUGAACAAUACACUGAAGGAACUGAGGAGGCUCUUCCUUGUCCAAGACCUGGUGGAUUCCUUAAAAUUUGCAGUCCUGAUGUGGCUCCUGACUUACGUUGGCGCUCUCUUCAAUGGGCUGACCCUGCUGCUCAUGGCUGUGGUUUCAAUGUUUACUCUACCCGUAGUGUAUGUUAAGCACCAGGCACAGAUUGACCAAUAUCUGGGACUUGUGAGGACUCACAUAAAUACUGUUGUGGCGAAGAUUCAGGCUAAAAUCCCAGGCGCUAAAAGGCAUGCUGAGUAAAUCGAUGUCCCACCGGGGAUUGGACACAAACCAGAAUGUCUGGAGUGGUAACAGCUCUUCUUACAUGUUACUGCAAAUUGAUUGUUUCUCCCCCCAAUACCGUAAUCUUAGAGACAAACUUUAAAACAGCUGUUUUUAGGCUGUUCCUGUACUCUUAGGAUAUUUGAGUCACUUGUGUCAAGCACUAAAGUAUAGAGAAAAGUGUAUUAGAUGUGGUUUUAAUUUUGUGUUGCUAAAAAAAAGUGCAUGAUGGUGAGAGCCCAACUUAUUUUCUCUUCUUCGGUGUUCUCCUCCUCCUCUCUGCAAUGCUUCUGUAGCUUCUAAUGUCCCCUGUGGCUAGGCCUUUCCCGCCGAGUGCACCAAUGCCGUAGUGGAAACCGCUUAUAUGUCCUUGGGUUGCUGGUUGGAUUCAUCUUUAAUAACAAUAUAUAGAAAUGUAGACUGAUGUUUUAGUGUUUUUCCAACACACAACAUAAAAAUAAAAACAGUCGACCGUACUUCUGGUAAUCAGUUUUGUAUAACUUAAAAUAAUUAAAUAAAUGAAUAACCCCUCCCCCUCAA